CUUGGUGGGCAAGGUGAGGGAGGGGUGACCCUCAAGGUGAGGAACAGGUGGGUGUCCCGAGACCCCACGAAGUCACACACCGCCACCCGGUGAUUUGCACAAGGUCACAGUCUGCGCGGUCGUAGAGGUGGGAGCCCGCCCGGCAGCUGGUUAUCGCCGCCACCUCCCCCUGCACCCCCCGGGGGCGUCAGGGAGGGAGGGCUGCAUGAAGCAACUUGGCACGGAGCUCACGGAGAUGCGCAGGAGUGAAUAGGGAGCAGUACUUGUGGCCGAAGGAACAACAUUUGCAAACUUAGUAAGGCCUAGAAAAAAAAAUCGAUAUCUCGGUGUCCACAGUUCUCAGAAGCUGGGCGAUCUUGUGAGGAGUCACAGAAACCGGCCUGGCCUGGUGUCGCUUCCUCUUUCUGCUUCUCUGUUUCCUAACGACGGCGUCAGCAUAAAUAGGAAGCGUGAGAGGCUCCCUGUUGCCUGGACACUCUGGCAGAAGGCUGAGCAGUCCCACCGUGAAGAGGCAGAAUCCUGGAGAGAGGAUUCACAGGAGCUGGGGACAUGGGUCUGGCCUGGCCUCCAGCCGGGGAUGAAUCCAAGAUUCCAGGCCAGUGAGGACCCCAGCCCCUGCGCAGCGCUGGACCUACUUGAGCUGGCCACCUGCUAAUCCAGAGCUGCCCCAGAGAUGGUGCCGCCCUGGGGGCUGCUCCCCGUUGUCUUGCUGGCUCUGUUCUGGGGGCCCAGUGUGGCAGGGGCCCAAGACACUGUCCCGCUGCAGACCCUGAGCUGCUAUAAUGACUACAAGAGCCACAUCACAUGCAGAUGGGCAAGCACUCAGGACGCCCAGCGGCUCAUCAACCUGACUCUCUACCGGAGGCUGAAUGAGGACCCUCCAAAGCCAGUACCUUGUGACCUCAGUAACGACACGGCCUUGUUAGACCACCCUUGUUCCGGCUGUGUGUCCAGAAGAUGUGUCAUUCCCUACGAGCUUUUUGUUAUUGCUGACAGAGACUACUUCUCAUUCCAACCGGACCGGCCUCUGGGCACCCAGCUCACCAUCACUCUGACCCAGCAUGUGCAGGCCCCGGUGCCCAAGGACCUCCUGAUCAAUACUACCAGGGACCGCUUCCUGCUGACCUGGACGGUGGCCCUUCCUGGUUCCCAGAGCCACUGGCUGUCCAACCUGGAGUAUGAGGUGGUCUACAAGCGGCUGCAGGACUCCUGGGAGGAGGCCUCCACCCUCUACUUCAAGUCCUCCCAGGCCGUCCUGGCACCAGAGCACCUCAUUCCCAGCAGCACCUAUGUGGCCCGAGUGCGCACCCAUCUGGCCCCCAGCUCAGGGCUCUCGGGGCGGCCUAGCCAGUGGAGCCCGGAGGUCUGCUGGCCCUCACAGACAGGGGACAAGGCCCAGCCCCAGAACCUCCAGUGCUUCUUCGACGGGGCCGCCGUGCUUAGCUGCUCCUGGGAAGUGAGGUCCGAGGUGGCCAGCACAGUCUCCUUCACCCUCUUCUACAAGGCCAGCCCCAAUGCAGGGGAAGAAGAGUGCUCCCCAGUGCUGAAGGAGGAGUUCCCCGGCCUCCACGUCCGACACCGAUGCCAGAUUCCCGUGCCCGACCCCGGGAACCACAGCCAAUACACCGUCUCCCUUCGGCUGAAGGAGGAGGAGAAGUUUAUAAAGAGCUCGGACCACAUCCAGAUGGCUCAGCCGACACUCAAUGUGACUAAGAGCAGAGACGGCUACACCUUGCACUGGAUGGCAGAGGAGAUGUUCUACAAACACAUAGGGCACACCUUCCAGGUCCAGUACAAGAAAGAUGCAGCCUCAUGGGAGGAGAGCAAGACGGAAACCCUCCAGAACGCCCACAGCAUGUCGCUGCCGCCCCUGGAGCCCUCUACCAGGUACCAGGCAAGAGUGAGGGUCAAGCCCACCCCCAGCGGCUACAACGGUAUCUGGAGCGAGUGGAGUGAGGAGAGCUUCUGGGACACCGAGUGGGUGCUACCCAUGUGGGUCCUGUUGCUCAUCCUGGUCUUCACCAUUCUGGCGUUGCUCCCUGCCCUGCGCUUCUGUGGCAUGUAUGGGUACAGGCUGAACCGGAAGUGGGAGGAGAAAAUCCCCAACCCCAGCAAGAGCCACCUGUUCCAGAACGGGAGUGCCAGGCUCCAGCUCCCAGGCAGCGUAUCGGUGCUCAUCAGCAGGAGCCCCCCACACAAGGAGCUGCAAGGCAGCUUCUUUCCUGAGCUGGAUGGCGUGUUCCCUGUAGACUACAGACACAACGAGGUGUCGCCUCUCACCAUGGAGGAUCCGAAAGAUGCCCGUGAAUCACCAUCGGAGCCUGACACGACUCCAGCCUCCUUGGACCUGUACUCGGAGCAGGCCCGCGGCCCCCAGCCAGGCCUGUCAGCCCCGGCGGGCAGGCCCGAGAGCCAGGCUUCCGGCUUCCACUUCAAUGGCCCCUACCUGGGGCUCCCCCACAGCCACUCCCUGCCUGACGUGCUGGGCCAGCCGGCGCCCCCACAGGCAGGCGUGAGCCAAAAGCCGCAGUCUCCGGGGUCCCUGGAGUACCUGUGUCUGCCGGCGGGGGGGCAGGUGCAGCUGGUCCCACUGGCCCAGGUGAUGGCACAGGGCCAGGCCAAGGAUCUGGAGAGAACCCCUGGCCCAGGCGCAGAGGGGAACCCCUCCCUGGAGUCAGGGGGAGGCCUUGCCCCUUCUGCACCCGGGCUGAUGGUAGACGGUCAAGGCCCAAAGAACAGCCCCAGCCCGAAGGACGGAGCCCUCACAGCUCGGCCCGCUGGCUCCGGGGGCCCUGAGGAUGGCUUCCUGGCCUCUGGCUACAUCACCACUACAGACCUAGCUCUCCCCUUGCCCACGGGGCUGCCUUCUGUCUCCACAGUUCACCCUCCGCACCUGCCCUCAGACCAGAACCACAGCCUCGAUCUUGGAGUGGUUGGCGGGCCCCAUGCAGGCCCAGCCCCCAGCAAGCCAGAAAUUGAGGGCUAUGUGGAUGUCCCUCCAACCCCAGGCCAGUCUCCCAAGUCCCCUUUGGGCAGUCCUGCCCCUCCUACAGCCAGCAGCCCCAUCCUAAGCCUGCGGGAGCCCAGAGCAGAGGGGGCCCCUGCCUCCCCACACCCCGAGGGGCUCCUGGUCCUGCAGCAAGUGGGUGACUACUGCUUCCUCCCUGGUCUGGGCUCUGGCCCUCUCUCACCCCAGACGAAGCCCUCUUCCCCAGGACCCUGUCCUGAGAUCGGGGACCCUGACCAGGGGUUCCAGGCCAAGAAGGCCCUGGGCCAGGCCAUUCCCCAGAUGCCAGCCAUCCGGCACUUCAAGGCCCUCAAGCAGCAGGACUACCUGUUGCUGCCCCCCUGGGAUGUUGGCAGGCCUGAGGAGGUGCGCUGACACCCUCCAGCUCCUAGGCACAUGAGUGGGAGGAGGUCUACCUCCUCUCCCACUGUUGGACCAGAUGGAGGUGGGGAAGUAAGUGGGCCUCCUCCCUUCUUACUUGACCUUCAGCCAAUCGAUUCUCCUCUCCCCACUGCCUCCCUCUCUCUCACAGAUAGACAGAUGGACACAGACACACGCACAUUUUUCUUUCACAUUAACUUACUUUUAGGUUCCAAAUUAUUAGAGCUUCCUGUAUACUCAUUGUAUUUGCCCCUGGUUUUUGGGUUUUUGGGGUUUUGUGUUUUGUUUUGUUUUGUUGUGUUGUGUUUUGUUUUUUACCAGAUUUCCUUGCUUUCACCACUGUCUUCUUUCUCUUCCACUGAUGUACUAGUGAGUUUGAGGUCUGAGCUAAGCCCAUUCUGUCUCGGUCAGAGCCUGUUCUGAUGCCCACGUGUCUGGUUACGUUGAGGACUUGGGUCUGUGGCCUGGCCCCAGCAUGUGCGGACGCUGCCCCAGUGUGGAGGGAAGCAGGAGGCCCCCUGGCCAGGACCUGGACGGGGAAGGCUCGGGAGAGCAGUGCAGGACCCACUUGCUGGUGGCAGGCCCUGCAGCCCCAGGUGCGGUGGCAAAGCCCCAGCAUGAUGGGUGCCCCAAGCACUGGGCGUGGUAAGCGGCGUGCAAGAGAACUGUGCUGAGCUCACGGGAGGCCCCGCCGGGGGCUGGGGAGGUAGCGAUGGCUGGCCUGAGAGAUCGCUGUGCGUGCUGCCCGCGGGCUACAUUGACCUGCCUUCUAUGUCCCGGCCGGUGGGGCCUGCCAAAGUUGGGACUCGGAGGGGCGUCCAGAAACCACGUGCACUCCAGAAAUGUUGGGAACAACCGUUCAACAAAGAAAAAAAGGAAAACGAUCAAAGGCCUGGACCCUUUGGGGCUUUAUAAUCCGAGUCACACUGCUGCCCUCCCUCCAGAAAGAACUUAACAGCUCCCACCUCUCCCGGCCACGGCCCAGGGGCUUUGGAUCUAUGUCUGGGUCUACACAGAGGAUUAUGGUUUCUUAAAAUCUGUGCCUU